CAGCAUGGCGCAGGUACAUACCGUACAUACCGUAAUUCUGCUGCCUGCAGAAUUCUGGUACUGUACAUACCUCAUACCCCAUAAUAAUAAUACCUUCUAAACAGGCUGUGGCACAGGCACAGGCACGGGCACGAGGGCCCACGGGAGCUGCACCGUACCGCAAGUGGUAGCAAGACUCCAGAGCCCUUAGAUACAAGUGUCAAGCAGGAUUUCCACGAAUACCUACCGUACAGUACCGCAGUAUCUCGAUCGGCUGGACUGGUCAGUGGUCAGUAGUCAGUAGUCGCUGGGGAGUUGGGAGUUGGGAUGUGCCACAAAUAGUAGCCAAAAGUCGGCUGAUUCGAUGGUUCGCCGGUUCGGAGCAGGCAUGCUCAGAACCUCAAACAUGGAAGUGGAAUACACAUGAGUGAAGGGAAGGGAAGAGCGAAGGGAGGUUUUUUCUUCAUCCUCGUGUCCUCGCAGUGCAGUGCAGCGAUCAAGAGGCUGUGCCUGUGCCUCGACGUCGCUGCUGUCGCUGCUGUCGCUUUGUUGCAACUUGUAACUAGAGACAAGAGGAGACGGGGAAGCGAUGAAGCAACAGCCUACAGCCUAUAUACAGGCGCCAGGGGGAACCAAAGAAAUUGCAGGAUGUUCUGUGGGCGUGUGUUUCUUGCAGGUUGGUUGUCGUGAUGGUUGUGGUGCUGGUGGUGGAUGGUGGCUGUGAAGCGAAGGGAGCGAAGGAAAGAAGGGAGGGAUGUGUGUGUGCGUGUGUGUGUGGGCCGUUAGCUCAGGACCUCGACCACUCUACUCUACCCACCGUGGUGACGUCGUGAGAAAAUCGUCAUGGUGUUGGGCCGGGCCCACGAUCAUCACCACCUCGGA